AUGCUCGAUUCUUCUACCGGCCGCUCCUCCUCGAGGGCGCUACCUGCCGCUCAUAGUACCACGAAGACUGCAACAUCGACACAACAAUUGCUUUCGUCGCCUCUGGUGCUCAAACAUCUCGUCGACGAGGAGCACAAGGGUGCAGUGGUCUUGGCAAAGUCGGACGUGCCUUUGGUCGAGCGCGGCUGGCCUGACUCGCAGCCUCGCAAGUAUGCGUCCGCUUGGUCCGCUACUUUUCAACACUCGCUCGCGGCGCAACAGCUGGCAAAGCUCCGAGGCGGGGCUGCUUCCGGUCCAGACUCGCCUCCUGCCGCUUCUCGUGCUUCCACCUACACCCCUUUCCCAUUGCUCGUACUGGUUCUCAUCCCAUCGAGCCACCUACACCAUACUUCCAAUCAAAAAGCAUUGGCGCAACAGCUCCAACGCACCUCGUCGCGCAUACACCCUUACCCAAACCUAAAAGUAGCACAGCGCUCAUCCGCAAUCAUGGCUGACCAGGAGCUCAAGCAGUUCCAGGAGGAGGUGGAGGCGGUCAAACAGUGGUGGAAGAACCCCCGCUUCGCCAACACCACGCGACCCUACACCGCCGAGCAGGUGGUGUCGAAGCGCGGCACGCUCAAGCAGACCUAUCCUUCCAACACGCAGGCGCAGAAGCUGUGGAAGACGCUCGAGGGUCACGCCUCCAAGGGCACCACCUCGCACACCUACGGCGCCCUCGACCCCGUCCAGGUGACGCAGAUGGCCAAGCACCUCGAGACGGUGUACGUGUCGGGCUGGCAGUGCUCGUCGACCGCCUCGUCGACCAACGAGCCCGGUCCGGAUCUUGCCGACUACCCGUACAACACGGUGCCGCUCAAGGUGGAGCACCUGUUCAUGGCGCAGCUCUUCCACGACCGCAAGCAGCGCGAGGAGCGCACCAACAUGUCGCCCGAGCAGCGCGCCAAGACGCCCGUCGUCGACUAUCUGCGCCCCAUUGUCGCCGACGCUGACACGGGUCACGGUGGUCUGACCGCCGUGAUGAAGCUCACCAAGCUCUUUGUCGAGAAGGGUGCGGCGGGUAUCCACAUUGAGGACCAGGCUCCCGGUACCAAGAAGUGCGGUCACAUGGCCGGCAAGGUGCUGGUGCCCAUCCAGGAGCACAUCAACCGUCUGGUGGCCAUCCGCCUGCAGUACGACAUUAUGGGCGUCGAGAACCUUGUCGUCGCACGUACCGACUCGGAGGCAGCCACGCUGAUCACGACCAACGUCGACGAGCGCGACCACGCGUUCAUCCUCGGCACCACCAACACGAGCCUCGAGCCUCUGGUCGACAUUCUCAACCGUGCCGAGGCCGAGGGUGCCGACGGCCCCAAGCUGAUCGCGCUCGAGGACGAGUGGCUGGCCAAGGCGCAGCCGGUGCGCUACGGAGACGCCGUGGCUGCCGAGCUGGAGAAGAAGGGCAAGAAGGCCGAGGCGGAGCAGUUCCGCAAGGAGGUGCUGGGCACGUCGCUGAUCAAGGCCAAGGCCAAGGCCAAGAGCCUGGGCGUCGAGAUUGGCUUUGACUGGGAUGCGUGCCGCACGCGCGAGGGCUACUACCGCUACCAGGGCGGUACCGACUGCGCCAUCAACCGCGCCAUCGCCUUUGGCCCCUACGCCGAUCUGCUGUGGAUGGAGACCAAGUCGCCCAUCCUGGCGCAGGCCAAGGAGUUUGCCGAGGGCGUCAAGGCGGCGCGCCCGCACCAGUGGCUGGCGUACAACCUGUCGCCGUCGUUCAAUUGGGACGCAGCCAAGCUGAGCACCGAGCAGAUGAAGAGCUACGUCUGGGACCUGGGCAAGCUCGGCUUUGUGUGGCAGUUCAUCACGCUCGGCGGUCUGCACUCCAACGCGUACAUCUCGGACCUGUUCGCCGCCGGCUUUGCCAAGGAGGGCAUGAAGGCGUACGUGGAGCUGGUGCAGCGCAAGGAGCGCGAGAUUGGCUGCGACGUGCUGACGCACCAGAAGUGGUCGGGCGCCAACUUUGUCGACUCGUGCCUCAACACGGUGCUCAAGGCCGCCUCCACCUCGGCCAUGGGCAAGGGCGUGACCGAGACGCAGUUCAAGUAG